CCAGAACUCAUACAUUUUACGUGGCUCCCAAAAAUGAAGUGAGUCAAAAGUGGAAAUAUGAUGCCUUUUUGAGUUUUAGAGGAGAUGACACCCGCAAAAACUUUGUUGCCCAUCUUUAUAAACGUCUCCAAGACAUAGGAAUCAAUGUAUUCAAAGAUGAUGUGAAACUUGAAAGAGGAAAGUUCAUUUCAACUGAACUCUUGAAAGCCAUUAAUGAAUCAAGAACUGCCAUUAUUAUCUUCUCCGAGGACUAUGCUUCAUCCACUUGGUGCUUGGAGGAACUCACAAUGAUUAUGGAUUGUGUUGACAAGAAGGAACAGAAAGUAUAUCCCGUCUUCUAUAACGUCGAGCCAUCAGAUAUACGCAUGAAAGCUGAGAGCAGCAGCUUUGCUAAAGCGCUGGAAAAACACAGGGAAGAUUUCAUGGCUAAUUUUGAGAAGUUGGCAACCAAACACGAGGCAGAUCUUGCUCUCAGGAUAAAAGAUGAGACAAAUCACAAGGAUAAUUUGGAGAAGGUGCAGAGGUGGAAAGACGCUCUACAUAGAGCUGCUGGAAUAGCAGGACUGGAUGUUCGUAAAACUGCUAAUGGGAAUGAAGCAGAUUCUAUUGACAAGAUUAUAAAUGAUAACUUCCGAAAUAUGCACCACACCGUUUCAGCAACUGAAAAAUAUCUAGUGGGAAUCGAAUCUCGUGUGGGUGAAGUAGAAUCAUUACUGAAGUUUCGAUCAGGUGAUGUCUGUUUUAUUGGAAUUUGGGGGAUCGGAGGCGUUGGGAAGACAACUGUUGCAAGAAAAUAUUUUGACAAGGUUUCUCAUCAAUUUCAAGGGUCUUGUUUUCUUGCGAAUGUUAGAGAAGAAUCAAAGAAGCAUGGGCUGAUGUACUUGCAAAAGACACUUCUUUCAGGACUCUUAAAAGAAAAAGCAAUGAAUAUAUCAAGUUUUUAUGAAGGAGCCGACAUGAUAAAAACAAAGCUUUGCCGCUGGAAAGUUUUAAUUGUUUUUGAUGAUGUGGAUGAUGAACACCAAUUGGAAUAUUUAGUUGGAAAUCAUGACUGGUUUGGUGAUGGCAGUAUAAUCAUUACAACAACUAGAAACCAAGAUUUACUACGUAGUCAUGACCAGUUAUAUUCUGUUCCUGAAUUGGCUAAAGAUGAGGCUAUUGAAAUUUUUAGUUGGCACGCUUUUCAGAUACCAACUCCUUAUAAAGAGUUUUUGAAACUCUCCAAAUCUGUAGUAGAUUAUGCUAAAGGCUUACCUUUAGCACUUAAGGUCUUGGGUUCUUUUCUCUACAAGCGAGGUAUAACUGAGUGGAGAAGUGCAUUAGAUAGACUCACAGAUACUGGAUAUGAAAAAAUUGUUAAGCAGCUCAGUUUAAGUUUAGACGGUAUGAACCAUGAAGAGAAGAAUAUAUUUCUUGAUAUUGCAUGCUUUUUUCGAGGAAGAAAGAAAGAUGAUGUGAUUACUAUACUGAACAGUUUUGGCUUCCGAUCAGAGAUUGGAACAGAUGUCCUCAUCCAAAAAUCACUCAUAUAUAUUUCUGAAGGAAUGGUUGAGAUGCAUGAUUUGAUUGAACAAAUGGGUCAGCAAGUGGCACGCAAUGUUGAUCAGGACAAGCCAUGGAAUCACAGUAGACUAUGGCAUGAACAAGACAUAAAAACUGUUUUUUCUGCAAAUCAGAGGACAGAGUCAAUUAAAGGCAUAAUGGCACCAAUUGGCUCAGACCGUCAUAUAUGCAAGUGGAGCAAAGAAUUAAAAAACAUGCCUUGUCUAAGGUUACUCAUUGUCAAAGGGGAGGAGGCCUGACAUCAUGACCCUAUUUGUGACCCUAUUGAGUAUCUCCCCAGUAACUUGAAAUGGCUUGAUUGGUCAUACUACAGUUUUGUAUCUUUACCAGAAGAUUUUGAUCCGGGAAAUCUAGUUGGGCUCAUUAUGACUUGUAGUUCUCUUCUUCAA